CUUGCUGAUGCUUGAACUGGCAGACAACAGUCACCUCCACCUUGUGCCAGCCGACCUCAGGCAGAAGAUCAUCACUGCUGCCAGUUCUCUUCAGGAGCAUGACAAGACUGCUGUCAACUUUGUGAAGAGGUACGAGUCCAGGUGGGGCUACACCCUGUUUGGCCGGUGUCUUGGGGCUGACACACCCGAGACCAGAGCAGCCCAGAAGACAAAGUUUGGGUGGAUGAGGUACCCCCAGGCAGCUCAGGUGACAGAGGAUAGUCGUCUGCUGUACCUCGUUAUCAAAAUGCUGAAAAAUCAGCCUCCAACCAGUCACCUCUCUUCCCCUAGUAAAAUAACAACAUCCAUAAAGGGACAGUACAAAAGGAUUGUUGACAGAGUUAGAGACGACCCCAUCCUCUGCACUCUCUCCAUUCCUCUGCCCAAUCUAAAUGCCAAAUCCAUCUCUAAUUUCAUCUCGAGAGAAGAGAAGAAGGCCAACUACAGGGCUACAGUAACACCGACGUCAAAGCCUCACCGUACAGUGCUCUCACACGAGCAAAUGCCAGCAGCUCCAACUCUGCCAACAUCCCUACCACCACCAGCUCGACCUCAGGUGCAGUACCAGGACGUUCAUCACGUUGCUGGUAAAAGGCGUGGUGAGAAGCGGAGGUUAUAUGGUGAAGAACCGGAGCUGGUGAACCGGCCCAUUCAGCCUAAGCCUGCUGCGGCCACACACAUAGCGCCCAGAUUGUCGGCAGCACCUGUGCUCCUGGUGGUUCCUGCACAACCACAGGCUCCCUCCAUGGUACUUCACAGGCCAUCAUGCAGCUUCAUACCUGUAGCACCGCCCCCUGCACCGCCAUCCAAACCGAGCAUGCCUCAUAAAUCUUCGAAGCCAUGUGGGGCCUGCCAAGUACCUCAAUGUGGUGGGCAGCGUAAGAGGUACACACCCUCCAAGGACAAAGCUGCUGGAAGCAGCCAGAAAAUGUUCACCUACUGCCCGGCAACUAGGAAAUCAACCACUUCUGGUUUUGAUGGGGUUGUUUAUGACAGUUUUGAACAUUUCAAAAAUGUGGUUGAUGAGGAAUUAGCAAAGAGGAAAGGCAAUUAGGAAGGCAGCAUCUGUGAGCAGAUUCAGAUCCUCCCUCAUGCCCAACAUUUACUGUUCCAGCACUGUAAAUUGUAAUUGUAAUAAUAAUGUAAUAUAAUGUAAUAUAAUAUAAUAUAAUGUGUAAUAUUUUCCUGCACUAUUGCAUUUUUGUUUGAUGAGAAUAAUAUGUUGUUUUGUUUACAUUGUGAGCUGCACCUUGGUUUGUUCUAUGUUUGAUGAGAAUAACAUGUUUUGUUUAUAUUGUGGACUGCACAGUGGUUUGUUUGAUGUUCGAUGAGAAUAAUAUGUUUUGUUUACAUUGUGGACUGCACAGUAGUUUGUUCUAUGUUCGAUGAGAAUAAUAUGUUGUUUUGUUUACAUUGUGGGCUGCACGGUGGUGCAGUGGGUAGCGCUGUUGCCUCACAGCUAGAAGGUUCCUGGUUCGUAGUCCCUGGCCGGGCUGGUACCUUUCUGUGUGGAGUUUGCAUGUUCUCCCCGUGCAUGCUUGGGUUCUCUCUGGGUACUCCGGCUUCCUCCAACAGUCCAAAAACAUGCUUACCAGAUUA